GUCAGUCAGAAAUCGUGUGGACGUCAGGAGGAUCUGAUGGAUCUGAUUCUGUUCCUCAGUCUGUCUCUCUGCUGGUGCAUGGCUGCUGCCAGGUCACUAUGGACCGAUAAACCCUGGAUCAUUGUGAGCAGCGCUGAGAUUGAGGAUGGAGAGACGGUGGAGGUCACCUGUACUCUACCUAUUGACUACAGGGGAGGAGACUGUCGCCUGUUCAGAGACAACUCUCCCGUCCCUUUCAGACUGAAGACAGCGACAGGUUACCUCUGUGUCUUCUAUCUGACCUCUCAGGAGCUGCUGGGAAGACAGCCAGUGGGCAGCCAGAUCUUCCUCAAGUGUGACUAUCACAUCCAACAGUACACCUCGGUGUCCAGUGACGUCAAAGGUGUGACCGUCUGGGGCAGCAGCCCAAGUCCUGGUCUGUCUGUCAGCCGUCGCUUCGUCUCACCCGAUGACAGCGUGGAGGUCACCUGUUCUCCACCCCUCAACUUCGUCCACAGCUGUCACUUCUACAGAGAUGAGAUCCACAUCGCAGACGGGUCCUGCAGAAGAAACCUGACCGGCAAGCAGCUCAGCAUCUGGGAGAAGUCCACCAUACUGCUUCCUGUCAACAUGACCUGCACAUACCAUCCAUACGAACACCGCUACGUCCGCUCAGAGCCCAGCAACCACAACCUGCUGUUUGUUGUCGAUGCGAGUCGAGCGUCCUCAUCAGUGGACUGCAAAGUCUCAGUGGAGGACGAUCAGCUGGCGGCAUUCGGACGCAGCAGCUGGACAAAUGUCGGUGCAGACGGACCAACGGUCACAGUCCAAGUAACAAACAGCGUCCUGAUGCCGAAUGAGACCUGCAGCAACAUCCAGUGACAGACAGACAGAGACAGACAGAGACAAAGAGACAGACAGAGAGA